AUGAGGCACCUCCAUAUCGGACCAACAUUGACAAUGAGGUUCAUGCUUGCCACUGGUGCGCUUUUUGCGCUUGCAUCGAUGCUGGUGUCUGCCGACGAUGCCAUGCCGCUUCCCAACUACACGCCCAGGGACGAGCCGAUCGCCAGCACGUUCUACUGGUUCUCGUCGGUCGAGGUGGGUGUGUGCUACAGUCCCGUUGCGCGCGUGGCAGGCAUCAAGGGCGCCAUCCACUGCACGCAUCAGGGCAACUACGAUGUGGACAACAACACCUGGACGCUGCCGCAGACGUGCGUCGCACUCAAGCCGCUGGGCAGCGAGCUGAGCACCGCCGUGCGCGACUCGUGCAAGAACGCAAAGGGCACCUUCAACGUGAUCAAGCCCGCCUCGGCCAACGCUGCAGGCACCCAGGCUGCCAACGCCAUCUCCAAGAACGGUGCCGGUGCAGGUGCCGGAGGUGAUGCUGGCGCCGACCCUUCCUCGGACGGCUCCGCCCCAGACUCGAACGACAAGGAGGACAAGGGCUUCCUCGGUAAUCUGCUUGGCUUUUAA